CCUUGCUAUUGCUUGUUUUGUUGCUACAUGUUAGCAUCUUAAAUAGUCUAGUUUUGUUCUGUGGAGUUAGUUUAACAAAGAACACAGGUGGUGUCACUGCACAAAGAAAUCGGAUUAUUUUACCUUUGGAAUUCAUUCUUUCCGCUCUUUCUGAUGUUCUCACUUCCUGGAUUCUCUGAGCAUUUUGAUUUCUCUUCUUCCUUUGUGCAAAGCUCUUCAGUAGACAGUGUCUGAUUUCUUAUGUGAAACUGUCAUUUCUGUUUUCAGGAUUUUAAACCUGAGCUUAUGUAUAGGUAGCCCAUUCUGUAAGCAUAUUCUGGGUUGCAGAAAGAUCCUUAAGCUAUCUGUAGAAAUGAGAACUUUGGUCACAAGUUUUGGUUUUAGAAACAAAAGCCCCUUUCAUAAGCACCUCUACAAAUGUCUGAAGCUAACACUUUCAGGAGUGUCAGAUUUCUUCUGGAAAACUGGAUGCUUUGAUGCCCAAGUCUGUCGAAAUGGGAAAUGGAACUGAAGCCAAGCAGGUGCCUUUAAAAGCAUUUUAACUCAUUAAAACAAUUAUAUUUCAUCUUAAUAAGUUCCUUCCUGCAGUGUAAAAAAUAAAUAAUGAAUUCAACAUUUUGCUGUAAUAAAGGUGAAGGAACCCUGGUUUCCGCCAGGCACUGUGAGUAGGACUUGUAUGGUUAUUACCCUAGGUUGAUCUUAAAGGAUGAAGUCAUCCAGAAAGUGCUAGCUCUCUUCCUAUAGGCAGAGCAAAUCCUCUCACUUCAUUCAGUUUAAGGAUGGUUGCGCACUGUUGUCCUCCAGUGCAUCUGUGCUUCUUUCACUUCCUCCAGUUCCUGGUUUAGGGGAUGAUAAACUUCUAGCACAGGAAUGAUACUGCAAUCACCUUUUAAGUGAAGUUUGAGAUCUACAGCUGAAAAAUCAAUAUACAAAAAAUAGGUGACAUUUGGGUAUAUAUUUAAUAACUUACCUGAUUCUCAUGUGGAGUCCAGCUUCUGAACAAGCCAAUUUUCUUCAAGAGUCUGUCAGCAUUAGUGUGUGACCUUGGGGUGUGAGUGUUUAGCUGAAAACAUUCAAUAUUAUUCUUUUGUACAAUGCUCUGUGCUGAGAUAACUUUUAAAUCCAACUGACUGAAAGAAAGCUGUCUUGGCCAAGCAUAAAUAAGGAGUCUUACUGUGAAGAUCCCCUAAAAAUGGUGUCCAUUAACCUUUUUUAAAGAAAACUAGCCUGUGAAUAACUGCACUUCUAGUUUUUGCUUAAACUAACAGUGAUUUGUCUUUCAAGAUAUGGGGGUGUCUGUUUUCAGAAGUGAUCCCACUUUAAAGGAGUAUGCUACAUGACUUGGAUUAAUACAGCUUGUUUGUUUAUAAAGAUUUUUAUCUUUUACAAAGGCUUUGAAUGUUCAAGAAAUAGUAUUUAAACACAGGCAAGCGUUGAAUUGUCUUUGUUGCUGGAGACAUCAUAAAAAUAUGCCUUUCAUCUCUUGUUACUUUUUCAGUAAGUAGACUGAGUUCCAGAUAAACCUCUCCACUUUUAUACUCAGCUGUUUUUACUGAAUUACCUUUACAGAAUUAUAGUGCUCUGAAGGUAGAGGUGGGCUUUUUAGUCCCUAGAAGUGUUGUUCUUGAGAUGAGAGUGAUGGAUUUUAGAAGCAGAACAGUGAGCAAAAUACAAAGCAUCAUAGUGCAGUAACCCCCAUUUAUUGUGCAAGUUUGUGUAGGUCCUGUUUUAAAGUACUGCCACGUUCUAUUGUAACAGGCUAAAUGCUCUCAGGAGAGCGUGGGCUUAAACUGGACCGUGUAAAACUAAAGUCUGGGGGAAUGCGGCCAAUAAAAACAUGGUCACUGUGUGACUGUGGAGCUCAUUAUUCUCAUGCAGUGCAGGCCCUGGGGCUGAAGGGACAGUCCUUUGUUCCUGGUGCAGAUGCAAGCUUUUUUUUGUUACGUUGUGGCAAAGCCAGUUGCAGGUGUUUGUCCUUGGAGUCCUGUAAGGGGAACACAAUUACCUUCUGCCAGUCCAAAACCACCUUCAGCCAUUAAUGCCAUCUCAGAGAACUCUUACUUCCAAAUGCACCGUCUGCUAGCAAGAACCAGUUUGCUCAACCCAUUAGUACCUCAAGACAGCUCCUAGGCAUUGGGAAUUUUGGCGUUAUAAUACUAAAGUGUUUCUCUUAACCUGUAGCAUUACUAUUUAUGAAAUAGUAUUUUCUGCUUACAUCAAGAUCAGCUUUGAGGAUAUUUUGCUUUUUCUUUCUUGCAAAUUUUGAUCUUGUGCUCAGAUUCCUCUGUCCCCUUUUUUUCAUGGUGCUUCUUAUUCAUUUUGCCAGGAUAUGGAACAUCAGUCAUACUGAGAGGUCUAGGGGCAGUUGUUUUUUUAAUUUUCUUUGAAGUUGUGUUUGCAUGUUAGGUACAUUUUUUUUUCUCCUUUAGAAGUAAUGUUUCUUCACAAAAGGACAAAUCUGCAGUAUUCUGCCUGUGCUGAGAGCAUGAUCUUUCUGAGUAUAGGCAUAUGUUUACUGUGAGAUUUCAAAGACUGAUUCCUUGGAGGGAGGUUGAGUUUUCUUCAAACCCACUGAAUGGGUUUUGCUGGCUGGUAGUGAGUAAAUGAGAAUUUGCUGUUCACACUGGCCAGCAAAAACAUGUAUUUUAACAUGGUUGCUGAUGCAUGCAAAUAUAACCAUCUAUAUACAGUUCUCCUAUCAUUAUGUGGCUAAAAGAUGAAAGGCCUGCCUCAGGGCACUGACAAAUAAGCUCUGGCAAAUUGUUUAUGUGGCUUAAAGAAGUUACCUCCCAAAGGCUUGUGCUCCCUUAAGGAGUGGGCAGACAGAAGGAUGGACUAAUGCUUCAGAUACGUCAGCGAGGAAGCCACUCUUUUACUUCAAACUGCCAUAAAAGAUACCUCUUAAAUUUGGGGUGCAGGGGGAAACCUGACCUUUUCAGUGAGGUGUUCGAUGGUUGGGAUUUUGUUGUGCCAAAUCUGCUGUGGCAGUGCUAGCUCAUGGAUGAGGGUAAUGACCAAAGAAAUAAGAUUCACGAGGGAUCAUUUGUUUAUGCCCAGAGGCAAACUUUCUCUGUGCUGGUCACGUGGCAGAACCACAUUACAUGGGACUGUAUUUAAACAUGCAAAUACCCAAGCAUGUUUUUAACAUGCUUCCAUCAGAGCAAACAGCAUGGCAAAUAACUUCUUAAACCACUGCAGCAAUUUACUGUUGUUCAUCUAAUAAACAUGCAAAGACUGGGGUUCCACCCCAGCCUGAAUCAGCUGAUCAGCUGGCUGCUAAAUCGUGUCCUCUCCAUGGCACUGGCUCUCAUGCACCUCGAAGCCUCGACUGAACUAUUUCAAUUUACUGACACAUCAGAAAACUUAGUUUUUUUGAGAACUGCUGGUUGGGUUUUCUGCCUGACGAGUGUGCUGAGGUAGCUUUGCAAAAGGGCAGAUGAGUGGUAGAGGGGGUGAAAGGGAGGAGUUGGGAGCUCCCGGAGUGGGAGGGAUGAGGAGAAGGAUGGGAGCAAAGGAGCCAGUAGGUAGGUUGGCUUAGACCACUGUGGAAACACCAACUAAGUAACUUGCACCUUGUAAUUUCCCUAACUUGCUGGUAAAAACCUCCUUGUCUGUCUGUCCUGUUGACUGCUCUGUAAUGUACAUGCUGUACAAUGCUUACCUAAAAAAUGGCUAUGUCUGAACUUUUUUCUCUGUAGAACAAGAGAUUGUAGAUGGUUUUCUCCCUACAAUGCUCUGAUGGGCUCUCAAAUGGAGUAACCAGAACAGAACACGUGACACAAGGUGAAGAUUAUAUCAUGGACUUAUAAAACUAUGUUGUCAUUUAUUAAUAUUGUUAAAACACUGAUGAUGGGGCAGGGAGAAGGAAGGGAUGAGCACGUUGAAAGGCAUAUGUGCCUGCAACAGAAACUGUUUAAUGGACAGUAGCUCCAAAGCAAUAAAUUCUUAAGGUGCCUCCAGAAUAAAUCCAGACAGUCGAUCUUAACACUUAAAACACCCACUGGAUCUGCUUUUACUGAUGGUGAGCAAAGCCUGUUUUGAUUCCAAGAUCAAAGGAGAGUGUUUUCUUUCUUCAUUCUUUUGACUCUUGUAUUCAGCUUCCUUUUUUUAUUUUAAAUUUAUUCUUUCUCUUUAGAUCUUUUUAAAGACAUGGUUGUCUUAUUUUCUCUUUGUAGUUGACCUUAGUGGCUCUCUUCUUUGACUUGAGGGGUGGGGGCUGCUUUACACAGUUGCAUCACUUCUACUUUCUUCUGCUCACUGAUUUCAAGAGUGUAUUUUCUUCUCGGAUCCGAGCUUCAGUAGAGGGACAUUCUGUAUCAUCACAUUUGCCAAGAGUACAUACGUAGCGGUCACAGAAGCAGUAAUACUAAACUGCAUGACCAACUUCCAUAUCCAGUAAGAGUACAAGAAAGUAUUUUUUUUCUGGCUACCAAAAAGAGCGGCUAGGCUUUUGUGAAUGAGAGCUUCUUUAUGUCAAACUCUGUGUUGGAGUACCUACCUAGAUGCUAGUAACUCAUUCACCUCCCUGUAAUGCAAAUUGCAUACCCGUUGACAUUGUUAUAUUUGGCUAAUGACUGCCUCAUCGCAGUGCUUCACUCGCAGUGAUUAAAUACAGGCAAUUCUCUGUAAUAAUUUGUCAUCAACAUCUGUCUCUUUAAAAUGAUUCCUUUUAUUGUCGUAAGAUAAAAGCUGUUCGCCAGCCGCAGCUGUUCAGCUCCCCCGCGCUCAUACAGUGCUUCGCUCCCACCAGGCGCCCUGCGAGUUCCUGUCACGGCCGUUCCCUCCUCCGCGCCCGCCGCUAACACCCGUGUCCUGGGGCGGCAAAGCGCCUGCUACAGCCGACCCCCCGCCCGGGCCGCUGCUGCUGCCUCAGUGCCCGGGCGGCGGCGGGACCCGCCCGGCACCGUGCCCCUUGCCCCCGUCCCGGUGUGGCGGCGGCCCCGCUGGGGGCGCGGCAGGCAUUAUGUUGCUUGACAUACUCGUGACAUUGCUUUUGGGGACAAUCAUCUACUACUUCCUUUCCAGGAAGAAAGAAGAGACAUUACCCUUUAAAGAGGGAUGGUGGGGCAAGGGACAAAAGCCUGAUGCUGAAGAGGAUACAAGUAUUCGUCCAUUUAAGGUGGAAACUACAGAGGAAGAGCUGAGCGAUUUGUUUAGGAGACUUGACCAGGCUCGAUUCACUGAGCCACUGGAGAACAGUUACUUCCAUUAUGGGACUAACUCGGUUUAUCUCAGGAAGGUUAUCUCCUACUGGAAAAAUCAAUUCAAUUGGAAGAAACAAGUCGAAGUUCUCAAUAAAUACCCACAAUUCAAAACGAAGAUUCAAGGUAUUGAUAUCCAUUUUGUUCAUGUAAAGCCUCCUCGCUUGCCUGAAGGCCAGUCUGCAAAGCCGUUAUUAAUGGUUCAUGGUUGGCCUGGCUCAUUUUAUGAGUUUUACAAAAUUAUCCCUUUCCUGACGGACCCUGCUAGCCAUGGCUUCAGUGAUGAACACAUUUUUGAAGUCAUUUGCCCAUCUAUCCCUGGCUUUGGCUUCUCAGAAGCACCCCACAAAAAAGAUUUUGAUUCUGUAAGUGCUGCUUCUGUCUUUUAUGAACUGAUGCUCAGACUGGGAUUCAGUGAGUUCUAUGCACAAGGUGGUGACUGCGGCUGGCUCAUCUGCACCAAUCUGGCCCAGAUUGCUCCCAACCAUAUGAAAGGCCUUCACUUAAAUUUUGCCUUAGUUACAAAAUUGGGAUUCGCUCAUGCACUCUCCAUUCUGCUGGGACGCUAUCUUCCAUGGCUCUUCAGAUUCCAGGAUGAAGAUGUUAAGCGGAUGUUUCCCUUCUUGGAAAAAGGACUCUACAAGAUCUUGAUGGAGUCUGGCUAUUCUCACAUACAGGCUACAAAGCCUGAUACUGUUGGCUGUGGUUUGAAUGACUCUCCUGUAGGACUGGCUGCAUACAUCCUGGAGAAGUUUUCUACGUGGACUGAUCUGGAAUUCCGUAAUUUAGAGGAUGGAGGAGUAGAGAGGAAGUUUACCCUGGAUGAUCUUCUCACCAAUAUCAUGAUCUACUGGGUGUCAGGCUGUAUAGUCUCCUCAAUGCGUUUCUACAAAGAAAAUUUGCAGAAGGGAAUGGGCACACAGAAACACGAAAUGCUCACAGUACAAGUACCUACUGGCAUUGCCUCCUUCCCUAAUGAAAUCAUGCACACACCCCAGGCUUGGGCCCAGAAGAAAUACACCAACAUCGUCUCCUUCCACUACAUGCCUCGGGGCGGCCACUUUGCAGCUUUGGAGGAACCAGAACUUCUUGCUAAAGAUAUUCUGCAAUUUGUUGGAAAAGUAGAGAAACAGCAACUUUGGAGAAAGAAAGGAGAGUAACUCCCCUUAGGAAGAGCAGGGGAAUAGCACAUGCUAAGGCAAGUUUUCUAUAACCUAUGUAAUUAGAUCUUAUUCUUGACCAGAUGUGAGAAAGGACAGCAAGAAGAAUGCAAUAUAGCUAGAUAAGAUACUGCCUUGGAGUCUUACUGUUGGUUUUUUUCUAGUUCAGCUAGGCUAAGAAUGGAGCACGAAGGGCAUUUGGUUAUUUUUUUCCCCCCAAGCACAGACUUCUAAAAUCUGUUCUAUAGUACUACUGGCUCUUGCUUUGAAGUUGAAAAAUAGUCCUUAAGACUAAUCAUGCUCCGUUUAGUUGUUACGAAAGGCUUGUCUUCACUGCAGCAGUGAGGCUGAGUUGGCGGAUGGGCGAGAUUCCACUGAAGCAAUGGGGAACAACCUAGCAAGACAACCUGAAUGAGUGCAUUGAUUAACAACCAGCAUUAAGCUGCAGCGCCUAUUAAACUAGCCAGCUGGCUGCCUCGCUUUUCCAGCCGGUGCUGUUACACAGCUUCCUGGCUGCGAGGAAGCUCAGCUCCCCUGCGCUGGGCUGCUGGCACUGCAACUUGUGAGGAGCAGCGGGAGCAUCAGACGACCAGCUGAGACACAUAGGCUCCUGUAGCUCAGGCCAGAAGGAGGAGUUGGAGUAGGAGUGAUUAUAGCUGGAGCUACCUCUGCACUGAACUUGUGCUCUUAACAGCUAAAAUCAUAGCCCUGGGAAGGCUCAAGGCACUAUGGCUUUGCACUGCUUCUGUAGGGUAUUGUAAACACCUCUUAUAAAAGACAGAAAACUGAAUUAAUCUGAAAUUAAAAGAAACCUGCAUUAAAACUUUGAAUAACA